AUGUCCUUUAAUGACAAAUUCAAAUAUUAUAAUUCCCAAAUUGACAAGGAAUUAUCGAAAUAUCCACAGAUAAUUAAGUUGGAACAAGCUACUGGUGUUCCAAAAACUUAUCUUGCAGUUGGAGUUGCUGGAUCCUUGUUUAUUUUGAUAUUUUUCAACUUCUGGGCUUAUGCUUCUUUCAAAGCCAUUGAAAGUGAUUCCAAAACUGAUGAUACUCAAUGGUUAACUUACUGGCUUUUCCUUCCAACUUUCAAUGGAGCUCAAGUUCUUUAUGCAAAAUCCAUCAGACCAAUUCUUUUGUCAUACGAAAGUGAUAUUGAUAAAAAUCUUAAUAAAUUUAAAUCAAAGGCUGGAGGUAUUGUUAAAGAAGCUAUCAAUACUGGGAUUGAUUCUUCUCUUAAUUGA